GCAGAAGGGCAUCAUUCAAGCCCCUCUCUGACGGGACAGGCUCACCGGAUCGUGGAUUGUCGGCGCACGAGGUGGCGCUCAAUGUCAUGUCCGAUUGUGACCCGCCGUGAUGGGCACUCGCGGACAGGAAUUUUCACAUCCUGCCCCUUCUCCCGCAGCCGAAAAUAUGAGACAAGUGUGCUCUACAUUGGGGAGCUUAUUGGCUUGUGCUGCGUUUGGAGUUUGUCUUGUUUUGCACGUUUUGUGAGAAUCGGAAUUUGGUGUUGAGAGCGUAACAGAGAGGAAAUUCACGCUGCGGUUGCUGAAAAAGACUUGCGGCGGAGGAACUAAGAGGCUGUUGUCAUCUCGUGGCAGCCAUGCUUUGGGACGAGUCCGAUUCCGACGGUGAUGACCACAGCGACUCCGAUAGCGAAGAUACGGAGUUGUAUGAGGAAAUUGUAUGGGAAGGACUUCGAAACAAGACGAUUGUUGUGAAGAAUGGUGACAACACGUACAGGUGCCCGCUUUCUCCUGGCAGGAAAAAACAGAGCUACAAGUACCGGGAACUCCUCGCUCAUGCCACAGGCGUAGCGACAGGCAAGAAAGGGCCGGUGAAAGCUGGCGGUCAUCGAGCUGUAAUGAAAUACCUGCUCGCAGAAUUGGGUGAUAGGCCAAUGAUUCCACAAGCAGAAAGAAUCUUGUACCUGGAUCAAGUUGUUCCGAAACGAAAGGGCAGGGCAACUAGACUCCUUGCUCCGUGGAUGGGAAUUCUUGUCAACAUUGACAACAGCAGAACCAACGAGAAUGGGUUUAGACUAGCACCUGGGCCAGCCGAAAUCAAGGAAAAAUUCAAGGAGUACAAGCCCGAGAGGGUGGAUGUCUUUCAUGACUUCCGGGGGCACCAGGGGACGGCGCUUCUGACGUUCCGGAGCGACAUUCGUGGUCUGGAGGAUGCCCAAGCAUUUGAACACAGCUUCGCUGCCACUAAUCGUGGACGAAAAGCGUGGUGGGAAGAAGCGCGCUCCGCGAAUCGGGAUUUGUAUGGUUGGCAAGCAGCUGAAAAGGAUUUGGAAUCCAAUUUGGGUCGCUUGGCGAAGCAUAUCAAGAAUUACUGCGACGUGAAGACUGUCAAAGAUAUGGUACAAGAAAAUGAGAGAUUGAACAAGCAGAUUGUCGAGGAUUUGGUGAAGAUCGUCGACAAAAAGAACGAUAUGGUGGCAGCUUCGCACACCCAGUUCGUGACGCUGCAGAAUAUGGUAGCUGACGUCGAAGCUUUGCGUUUGAAGGCCGAGGAGGAGAAGAGGAACAUGGAAGCACAGCACAAACGAGAUCUGGAAGAAAUGAUCUUAAAAGCGCAUAAAAAGGAAGCAGCCCACAAUGAGAUAGUCAUGUCACGCCAAGUGGCGCUCACAAACAAGUUGCGGACGCUUGAGAGCCGCUGCGAGCAGAUGAGAGAUACCGAGACGAAACUGAGGCUCAGCAAAGAAGCUGUGCAACUUCAAUUCGAGAAGGAAAUGGAAAAUGCACAAAGACUGCUAAAGGAGGCCAGCAAGAAGGCGGAAUUGCAUGCAGCAAUGCGGUGCAAGCAAACGGUGGAACAGAAAGAGCUAAUCCAAAAACACGAGGGCGAGAACAUGGAGCUGGAGCUUGCCGUUCAGAAGAAGAAAAUGGAGCUGAUGCAGAAGCAACUGCUUGAGCUGGAGAAGCAUCAAGUCAAGGGAUUGCUGGAAAUGGAAAAAUCGGAAGAAUCGAACAAGGACAAGAUUGCCGAGCUUGAAGCUGAGCUGGAGAUGAAUCAAGUCAUGGUCAAUGCGCUGUCCACGAAAGAGCGAACAGCGAAUGAAGAACUCGAGGAGGCAAGAAAAGUCGCCCUGGACUUGUUGAAAACGUAUGGAGACGAGAAUACUGUCGGCAUCAAGUACGCGGGAUCAAUCAAAAAAGCACCAUGGAUUGCUGCUUGCAAGAAGAAAAACCAUCCUGACGGUUAUCAAGUGGCGGCGUCAAAAAUGAUAUCUGAAUGGGAACAACGGUUGAAGGAUCCGAAGUAUCACCCAUUUACGACGGUGGACGUUGGAGGGGACAACUGGAAGCGAGUCAUAAAUAAGAAUGAUGAAUUCCUGAAGGAGCUGAAAAUGAAAUUGGGGAUGGAGGUUUUGCAAACCGUGACAACUGCAGUCAUGGAGAUGGAGGAAUACAACGCUAGUGGUCGGUUUGUGGUGGAGGUAGCUUGGGACUUUCGUAAGAACCAGCGAGUGUUACUGAAAGAUGUUCUACUUCACUUCAAGGAAUUACUUGAAUCUAAAAGAUGGAAGUUUGGUGCAAAGAAGAAGCGCGUCGCAGAAUACUGAUGGAAGAGCUGCUUUUGUAUAAAUGUUUGAAUGCUGCAGUAGCCUGCUCUUGAACAAUGCAAGACUCAAAGCUAUACAUCAGUAGUGCCUCGCCAGAGAGUCUCGAAGCUCAAUAUAUGCUUGGUUUAAUUUGAUAGCGGAUUAAGGACUUGGUAAUCGUUAAAGACUAACAACAAGUAUUUUCUCAUAGAUCGUGUAUAUUGUACAUAGAUGCGCAAGUUGCAUUUAGAUGGUUAAUGAAGUAUCAGGAUUCUAUGAGGAUCCGUCUUCGAAAAGGGCUGCCAUCCUCAUGGGAUGUACCCUUCGACCUCUACAGACUAGAUUUUGUUCUGUGGAAACAAUUGUCAUAUUGUGACUGCGUUGCAACCAACUGAGCAGGACAGAAAAGCUUUUCACAUUUCCUUCUUUCUGUAUUAUCCUGCAAUGGGGAUACUUUACUAGCUAUGCUUAAUGAAUGACGUGUUUUUAUAGAAAA